UUGGACUUCAAAUGCUCGGUGGAUUCCCCUCAAUGUGGAGGUACUCUUUAUUUCUGGGCUGGCUGUCUGCUGCACCGUUUCGUCCCCCGUUUUUGAAACGAAAUAAGAUGAUUCGCGCUUCUGUGUGGUCAAUAUUACUCUCCGUGUGUGUACUGAUUUUGCUACUUUGGAAGAGACAUCCAUCGAUCCAGCAUCAGACUUCCACUUCGGAUAACGUCAGGAAUACGAAUUCAGAUGUUCCGGUUCUAUUCGAAUCAAGUGACACGGCAACCGUAAACUUCACCCAGUCAAUUCCUGUUCUGGUAAUUGCGUGCAAACGUACAAGUGUCAAAAGAACCCUGGAUGCUCUUUUGAAAUAUCGAACAAAUCUCAUUUCGCCCAAGUCCGCAAGUUUCCCUAUCACCGUUUCUCAGGGUUGUCCACACCAACCCACUGCCAACGUUUUGGCAUCCUACGGCUCAAAAAUAUCUCUCAUCAAAUUUGAAAUGCCGCCAAUGAGACCACAAAAUAUAACAAAAAUGAAAAUGGGAUACCAGAUGAUCGCCCACCACUACAAGAAAGCACUGGACUAUAUGUUUCUGGAAGUGAAUCAUUCGGUGGUCAUAGUGGUCGAAGAUGAUUUAGAUAUUGCUCCAGACUUCUUUGAAUAUUUCGUAGCCACUCUGCCGCUGUUAUAUUCCGAUCCCUCACUUUUCUGUGUCUCUGCCUGGAAUGACAAUGGCCGUCCUCAACUGAUUGAUCCAAAGCGAAUUGACCUCAUUUAUCGAUCAGAUUUUUUUUCUGGUCUUGGAUGGAUGCUGAUACGAAAAAUUUGGCUCGAGGUGCGCGAAAACUGGCCAGAUAUAUUCUGGGAUGAUUACCUGAGACAACCAGAAGUGCGAAAAGACCGUGCGUGUCUUCGACCCGAGGUGGGACGUACAAAGACCUUCGGUCGUUUUGGUGUAUCCAAAGGCCAAUAUUUUGCCAAAUACUUAGAGUCAAUGCAUCUCAACCAAAACAGUUUUGGGUUUACAAAGCAAGAUCUUUCAUACUUGCUUGAGCCGUCUUACACAGGGAGUUGGCUCCACACUGUCUACAAGGAAGCAUUCGAAAUCAGCCCAUCUAAACUCUAUACCAAACAAUUUCCAGCGGAGAACAAAUUAAAGCCAUUGCGAAUCACAUAUGAAAGCGACGAGGAAUUCGUAGGCAUUGCAUCUCGGCUGACUCUGAUGACAGACUCUCGUUCCGGUGUCAUGCGGAAUGCCUUCCGCGGUGUUGUGCCAAUAUACUGGGGUGAUCGUCGAAUAUAUAUCGCACCACCCACUAACUGGAAAGGUUACGACUGGAGUCAAAGCUGGACAAAACGGAAAUUCAAUUUUCCCACUGUAAACUAAGUCUAUUUUCUAAUCAAAUCUGUGUUUCGUGUCACCCUUAUUUGCAAUUGUUGUCACCUAGUUGACCUUACAGGUUCGUAGGCCUUGUUAUUUUGUUAUUUUGAUCAUUGUUGUCUUAUCAAUUGCGUGCUGUCUAGAGACAAUACCUCACUAUCCCUGCUCCCAUUCGACUGAGAAUUAAA